UGCAAAGAAAAUGAAGGAAAACCUAAGUGCACCCUGCCAACGAGGGAGGUAGACCACCCCUAUGGAAAAUUUGAAUGCCAUCAAAUGGAAAGGAACUUUAGACAAAGUCUGCUUCAGUCUCUGGAGGAAUUUAAAGAGGACAUAGACUAUGGGCAUUUUAAGAAUGAAAAAAUGACAAAAGUGGGAGAUAAGAUGGAAAGGUUUUUGGAAGAGAUAAAAGGUCUGAGGAAAAAAGUUAUGGCUCAGCUUUGUGACUAUGGGCAUUCUCAGGACUGACCAUAUCCUAUAAAAUGCAUUUCCCCAUGA